AUUGCGAACUUAUUGAUGAGUGGAACUGAUGGAAACAUCAGAGCCAUACUGGAGAUUCCACCAGCUGCGACAAACAAAAUGGCUCAGAACAGCACUUCUCACGUAGCAAGCUCACAGAAAGCGUUAAUGCUCGAAAUGAAAAGCCUCCAAGAGGAGCCAGUGGAGGGCUUUAAGAUCACCCUGGUGGACGAGGCAGACCUCUAUAACUGGGAAGUGGCCAUUUUUGGACCACCAAAUACACUCUAUGAAGGGGGUUACUUUAAGGCACGUAUCAAGUUCCCCAUCGACUACCCCUACUCCCCUCCAGCCUUCAGAUUCCUCACAAAAAUGUGGCACCCUAACAUUUAUGAGAACGGGGACGUGUGUAUCUCUAUCCUCCACCCUCCAGUAGAUGAUCCGCAGAGCGGAGAGCUGCCCUCGGAGAGGUGGAACCCAACACAGAACGUCAGAACCAUCCUGCUGAGUGUCAUAUCCUUGUUGAACGAGCCCAACACUUUCUCUCCUGCUAACGUGGACGCCUCUGUGAUGUACCGCAAAUGGAGAGAUAGCAAAGGAAAGGACAGAGAGUACGCAGAGAUCAUUCGGAAACAGGUUCUGGCUACUAAAGCAGAAGCUGAGCGAGACGGAGUUAAAGUCCCCACUACGCUGGCUGAGUACUGUGUGCGCACGCGUGCCCCUGCUACAGACGAGGGCUCUGACUUGUUUUACGAUGAUUACUAUGACGAUGAGGACUUGGAGGACAAUAACGAUGAGGACUGUUGCUACGAUGAAGAUGACUCAGGAAACGAGGAAUCGUGACGCCGCCAUCACCACCGUUAUCCUUUUCAUCACCUUUACCCUGAAACGUUGAAAAGCUGUCGCAUGCACCUUGUAUUUACUUUUCUUUUGCAAAUGCUAUAAAAGAUGUUUUAGGUUCUUUUCUUGGUCUUCUUUUUUUUCUAGUUGGAAAAUGAAAGCAAAAUGAAAAUUUCUCCUGGUCUCUGUUGAAUUGAGUUUUACAUUUGCUCCCUCAUUUCAUUUAUCUUAACCUUGUGUGUUUUUUUUCUCUCUCUCAUUUUCUUGCAUUAUAGAAAUCCAAACAUUUCUGCUUUGUCAAACAGCUAAAUAAUAGAACAACCAUGAAGGGGUGAAAAGGAUUUAAAUUUUUUUUUUGCUGUACUGUGCAUGUUGGCGUUGUGGCAUUUUUAUUACACAGUGCUGCUCCCUUCAUCCGCCAUUUUGUUUUCCUGAAAGUUCUCUAAUCAAGGAUCAUCUGCAAGUGCAACCAGUUCAGCAAUAAAAUGCAUUUUGCAUACUUACAUGCUCCCGAGGCAAGAUGUAGGAGCUGAAUUGUCUUUUAUCCUGACGUUUGUGUUACAUGAGUGUUUUCCUGAUCUAAAACCUCUGAUUUUGUGCGCUGAUGUGCUUGAGCAGGAAAAACACUGAACUGUGUAUUGCUGUGGAUUGAUGAUCUACACCUGGUUUGAAUGCUUGUAGAAAGAUCGAUGUUAAGGGAAUGAUUAACCUUUUGGUUUGAGGGACAAACACUUGACGUGUGCCCUGCAGAGGCCUAAACCCCUACUACCACUAUGUCAGAUACCAUGCAUUAUUUUAAGAUGGUGGCGUUUUAACCUCAAAUUGUAAUCACACAUUUCCUUAUGUCCUGUGAUAGUGUGCAUCCUCUCAACCAGGAUGCGAAUCAUGACGUUAAAAUGGUGGGAGGGUCUUUUUUUUUUCCUUUUUUUUCCUGUCAAGUUGAAAUAUUUGUUUUUGUGAUGCCAAUAUUGUACCACACCCUCACAAAUUACAUUUAAUCUACAACUAGGUUUUUAUUCAUAGAGAAUGUAUUUUUUUUUCAUGGCCACAAUGUAAAUUCCUUCAUUUGGGGUUAUUGGGUUGAUUUUUCUCCUGGACUUAUGAAUGGUCAUGUGUUUUGAUUUUUGAAUUUUCCGUUCAGUAAAAUGAUAGCCCUGUCUGCAUUAAUUUAAUUUCAUGUCUUUGCGCAUUUAUAGACUGGAGAGGGCUUUUAACUACAUCAGCAUUGACCAGUUGAAUUAAUUCAAUGUGAGCUUGUUUUAAUUGACUCUCAGGAUAAAACAAAUAGGAAAAAAAUAAUAAUAAAAAAAUCCCACAGCACCACCAACCUUCCUGUGAACAGCAAUUUAAUCAGUCUAUCAAUUCUGUUUUUGAAGGCGGUUUACAAUCUUAAACGUUGAUGCUGAUGUGCACAUGUGAGUAUGUGGCUGAUCAUUUUACUGACCUGUAUGUAUUUUUAUGGUUUGUUGGCCUAUUUAAAACUGAAAAAUAAAAAUCUUUAUUAGAAUAA